CUGUAAAUUUUCCCAAAACUUCUAUGGACAUUAAAGCUGACAGAAUAAGCUUGACUAGGAGUCUAUCUGAACAUAGUACAACAUCUCAGAGGUCAAGGGAAGCAUCUGUGAAUAUUGAUCCAAGUGGAGAGGUAUCAGACAGUGAAGAGUUGGAAGAAAAAGAAGCAUUGAUUGAAGGGGAAGGACAUUCAGUCUUAAUGAAUUUAAUGUCUCAGUUAAAAUUAGGUGCAGAUUUAACAAAUGUUGUUUUACCUAGUUUUAUAUUAGAACCUCGUUCUCUUUUGGAAAUGUUUGCUGAUUGUAUGCGACAUCCCGAUUUUUUAGUUAGAAUGGUUAUGAGUUUUGUAGACAAGUGGAUCAUCCACGUUCAAGAUAUAAGCAAUCAUCUUUCCACAAUACUCAAUUUUGUAUGUCUUCUUCUCAAAUAUCAUUGUAUGGAUGUCCUUCCAGCUGAAUCAGGAGUCCUGAAUUGUGAUAGGAUUAAUGCAAGCCACUUGUUUGGUGUAGCAGAAUCCGAGACUGCCUAG